GCAAUACUUGUGACUCGUCGGCAUAAAAUCCUUUCGCGAACAGAUUUUUCCAUUUCAUUCAAGCAAAGAAGCUUAUACAACAACAGUCUUAGUGUUUUGUGCCUAUUAACAGCUUGGGAAAGCUCUUACGAGACAAUAUUUUAUAUUAGAGGACACUUUUAGCAUUUUAAUGAUAUUUUGAAUUGAGGGACCUAUUUUGCAAUACGCCUACAAAAUCAAAACAUAGUGGUCAGGUUGAAAACUGAAGCAAGACUCAUCACGCAAGGACUGGAGCAAGUUUUUCGCUAUUUCUACACAUUUCCUACUCCCAGAAACUAAAAAAUCAAUGACGAUGAAGUGGGUGUAUAAAGAAGAGCAUCCUUUUGAGAAGAGGAGACAGGAAGGGGAGAAAAUUCGCAGGAAAUACCCGGACAGAGUGCCCGUGAUUGUAGAGAAGGCAGCCAAAGCACGCAUCGGUGACCUGGACAAGAAGAAAUACCUGGUGCCCUCUGAUUUAACAGUUGGCCAGUUCUAUUUCCUAAUCCGGAAGCGGAUUCAGCUGCGCCCAGAGGACGCUCUCUUCUUCUUUGUAAAUAAUGUUAUUCCCCCGACCAGCGCCACAAUGGGCCAGCUGUACCAGGAUCACCAUGAGGAGGAUUUCUUCCUGUACAUCGCCUACAGUGACGAGAGUGUGUACGGGGCCUAGAUGCAUCACAAAUUGUGUUACUUCACUGCACAUACAAGAAAAGAAAACACUGUAAAAACCUAAAUAAGAAACAAACAAAAAAAUUUGAAUAAGAAAUAGAAAAGCAAGAGAAACAAUUUGCCAUGAACUUUACUGAAUUUGCCAAACUUCAACACUAAUCAGGAACUGAAAAACAUUAGAACAUGACGGUAAUGAUGCCAGGGGUGCUGCAAAUCUGUCUUAAGUAGGCCAUUUUAAAAUCUGCGUAAUAGCGACAGCUAAGGAGAUGGCUUUAGCCUCUUACAGGUGGCCACUGUAGGUGCACACACAGCACCUACAAAUUUCAGGCAGGCCUUGUUCUUGUUUCUGAUUUUGGCAAAUUUGAGGGAGUUGGGUUGCACAUACUCGACGUCGAACUGUCAAAUUUCAUUUCAAAGCAGUUACCGCUCAUACAUUGUAGAAGUACAUGUACAUUUAUGUAAUACUGCAUUAAGAACUUAAAAAGAGCUUUUUGAAAUGAAAAGGAAAACCAGUUUCACUCCUUUACCUGUAUCCACUACACACCCAUCCUCAGUUUUUUGACAUGUAACUACGUAUCCCACAUGUGCAUGUGCAGGCAGAAUUCAGCAUACCAUCUUUAACUUACAUUUUCUUUGUUGGAAUUCCACAGUUUUAAUACUUUCAGUUGUGUAUUGUAAUGUACAUACGUGUUUAAUUACUUUGGCAGGAUUAAAGUCGGGUAAUUUUGUGCAUGCCCUAUUGCUUUUUUUCCAAGUCAUUCAUUAAACAAAUGCUAAUCGAGGAUUGGAAUCAAGGAUUGGUCAUUUAUUUUGAAACGAAACGAGAGGUGUUAUGUAAACUAAAGAAACAAACUCUUAAAACGCUUGCAUAUAUACAUGUACAUGUAUAUGUAUUACUCUGUUUACACAGAAAAUAUAAGAAGCUAAAAAUUCCAAUGAUACAUUUAAUUAAGCUGAAUUUAAAGGGGAAAAGUCACUCUUUGCACUACUAGCAUGACUAGGAAGCAGUGAAAAUUAAUGGUUGGACACUGGUUUCUGAGAAACACUUCCCUUCAAUUGGUAAAGUGUGAACCCUCGUAAAAUUUCUCACAGAGGCUAAUUGCAGGUUAUGGCUUUAUUCACCUAUACUAUUUUACCAAAUGUUUUAUGUCAAGAAAUCAAACAAUGGUGAACAUCAAACUAUGCUUUAGCUGUAAAUAUUACGUAAUUGUAGUUUAAUACAUGUUAAUAUAAUUUAUGAUACUUUCUCCGUUUUAUCAGAUGUUGGGACCCAAUAACGUCACUCAAUGUACGUAUAGCAUAACUUAUUUAACAUGAACUUACCUCAACCUGCACAUUUUUUUGGAAACCCAGUCGAGAAGUCAUUCCGUCAAAAUGAUGCUAGAGUCAUGUUGUAUUGUCGAUUCCUUGGGCAAUUUUCGAUGCCUUGGGCGCUACAUUUAAUUUUGAGUAGUGCUCAGAUUGUCAUCGCGGUAGUUAUCCAAAGGAGAAAAAAUGCACCAAACAAUUCAUAAUGAAAGUUUGCCGGCAAUUUAAAAACAAAUGCACGAUUGGCUUGAAAAAUCAACCGAAACUCUCCUAACUUCUUCAGUUAUUCGUAGUAUUUGCUAAUAAACUGUUCACAUGAAAAUAGUGCUUUUAUUGAUGUCACUCGUAAAAUAAAAUACUCCAAUGAAAUUCCUUAUGUCUGAAUUUGUUUCUUAUAGCAGUAUCGUAAAAAAAAGAAAAACAACCCCCCCCCAAGCAUACAUGUACUCUGAGUUAUAGCCGGUGUUACGCAUGUUUAUUCGAAGUUGAUUGAUUUUAAGUUAUUUGUGAGUUCAAACAUUAAAAACAUGUGUUUUGCUGUUUUGGGGAAUAUUCACGGAUACAUAUGUAAUUUUAAACUAGGAUUAAAAGUUUUGCCUGAGUAAUAAGA